GUCUGGAGGAGGCUUCGGGGCAGGCUUCCCAGAAGAGGGGCCCUGGGCUAGGCUGACAACAGCCAUGUGACUGAGUGCCAGGCAUUGUAAUCAGGGCUCACAAAGACGGUCUUAUUUUGGUCCUCACAAUAAACAGUGGGAGGAGGUAGGGACUUCUGCUACCAUUUGACAAGAAAAGGCAAAGCCCAGAGGGGUAAGGGAGAUCUAUCUCAGGUCCUCUGAGAAGAGGCAGCAUGUGGAUUCUAAACCACGGCUGACUCACAACAUGGGGCCUUGAAGAAUGAGGACUGCUCUUGUUUUGAUAUUUGCCCUAUAAACCUGAACAUUUUCAGUGCACGAAAUGGGAAAAACCGCAAAGAACAUGGCGCUGCUGCUCCGGGGGCUCCUGCUGCUCGGCUUGUCCUGCCUGCAAGGCCCCUGCCUGGUGUUCUCCGCGGCGAGUGCCAUGGAGCCCUUGGACCAGCAGCUAAUGAGCGGGCCGGCCCAGGAGAAGCUGCCCCCGCUUAUCCUCCUCAAGUUGGGCAACCAGGAGCCCAGUGGCCAUAUUGCCCUGAAGAAGGCCCCAAGAGACUGCAAGGGAGCCCCAACCCCAGAGGAGACCCGCAAGUUGGCCCAGGCCAUGAUGGCCUUCACCACAGAUCUGUUCUCCCUGGUGGCCCAAAGGGCCACCAGCCCCAACCUCAUCCUGUCGCCUCUGAGUGUGGCCCUGGCAUUGUCUCACCUGGCACUAGGUGCUCAGAACCAAACGCUGCAGAAGUUACUACAGGUGCUGCACGCAGACUCAGGGCCCUGCCUCCCCCACCUGCUGAGCCACCUUUGCCAGGACCUGGGCCCUGGGGCAUUCCGACUGGCUGCUAGAAUGUACCUGCAGAAAGGAUUUCCCAUCAAAGAAGACUUCCUGGAACAAUCAGAACAGCUCUUUGGCGCAAAGCCCGUGAGCCUGACAGGAAGGAAGAGGGAUGAUCUGGUGAACAUCAACCAAUGGGUGAAGGAGGCCACAGAGGGGAAGAUUGAGGAUUUCCUUUCAGAGCUGCCAGAUGACACAGUGUUGCUUCUCCUCAAUGCCAUCCACUUCCAGGGUUUCUGGAGGAGCAAGUUCGACCCGAGCCUCACCCAGAGAGACAGUUUCCACCUGAAUGAGGAGUUCACGGUGCCAGUGGACAUGAUGCAAGCCCGCACGUAUCCCCUGCGCUGGUUCCUGCUGGAGCAGCCUGAGAUACAGGUGGCUCAUUUCCCCUUUAAGAACAACAUGAGCUUUGUGGUCAUUAUGCCGACCCACUUUGAGUGGAACGUGUCACAGGUGCUGGCCAACCUGAGCUGGGACAUCCUGCACCAGCCCUUACUGCGAGAGAAACCCACCAAGGUCCAGCUGCCUAAGCUGCAUCUGAAAUACCAGCUGGACCUGGUGGCCACCCUCAGCCAGCUGGGCCUGCAGGAACUGUUCCAGGCCCCAGACCUACGCGGGAUCUCUGACCAGAGGCUGGUGGUGUCCAGCGUGCAGCAUCAGUCCACUCUGGAGCUCAGCGAGGCUGGCGUGGAGGCGGCCGCGGCAACGGGCACUGCCAUGUCCCGCAUGUCUCUCUCCUCCUUCAUCGUGAACCGCCCCUUUGUCUUCUUCAUCCUCGAGGACACAACAAGCAUGCCCCUCUUCGUGGGCAGCGUGAGGAACCCCAACCCCAGCGCGCAGUGGGAGCGCAAGGAACAGCAGGAUUCCCCGGAUGACAGGGACUCCUUCCUGAACCAGAAAGCCUUCCCCCGUGGAGACAAGCCCUUCGGCCCUGACUUGAAACUUGCGCCCCCCUCAGAGGAGGAUUACCCCCAGCCUAAUAGCCCCAAGUGAGAGGCCAGCUGCCAGCAUCCUGAGUCCCUGCCUGGACCAACUUCUCAACUCCUGAGACUCUUUCCAAACAGCUUCGUGGAUUAGGGCAGGGGUCUGGGUGGGCGGUCUGGGAGCGGAGAGGAGCCGUUUUCUCCCCGCUCCUCUCCUCUCUCGCUCCUCUCCUCUC